UGCACGACAGUUAUUUUGCGUAACUUGGACUUUGACAUUUAUUUGCACUGUGUGGGAAAGAACUGCAGUAACUAGGUUUGCAACGAUCUUUCAAAUAUUUACUGCCACUAACCGGUCAGAGACGAGCCUCUUCCGGUAGACACUUGUCACAAAGCAGAACAAGUAAUGCAAGACGGGACGCCAACGCUUUGCAGGAUGUUACCGAGUAUUUUUUUAAUUAAUACGGAAGUGUAAGACUUCACGUUUUGUGUGUGUGUAUAUAUUUUUGCAGUGCAUUAUUUAAAUAUGGAUAUUAGGAGCAUGACCUACAUUUUCAUAUAUGGCACCCUUAAGAAAGGCCAGCCUAACUAUUAUCGAAUGACAGAUGGAUCCAAAGGGAAAGCAGAAUACUGUGGCAAGGGAUACACACUGGAGAAAUACCCACUUGUAAUUGCAGGAGAAUAUAACAUUCCCUUUCUACUGAACGUCCCAGGAUUAGGACAUCACAUUACUGGAGAAAUCUAUUCCGUUAACAGUCAGAUGUUGCAGUACCUUGAUGAGUUUGAAGGUUGCCCAGACUGGUAUCAGCGUACUCCUGUGAGAAUCACUGUAGUAGAAUGGGAAGGUAAAAACAAUCCACCUGAAGGGAGUCCAGCUGUUAACAGCAUUCAGGAAUGUUUUGUGUACUGCACUACCACCUACCAACCAGAAUGGAUGAAGUCACCUUUUUAUGACAAUUAUGAUUCCUACGGGGAUCAUGGCUUACAAUAUGUAGUACAUUAAGGAAGCAAUAAACAAUAGAGGUCUGACCAUUUCAUCACAUAGAAACAGAUAAAACAGAUUUUAAUUAUCCUUCUGUCUUGUACCCUUUGAAUUAUAUUAACAGAUACAUUUUUGGUUGUACAGAGAUAAAGUCAUUAAUUAUGUAUGGCUUUUUAACAAAAUGGAACAACUGUCUGCAUAUAAUAAAUUAAAUGUAGCCUUUCAUAUCCUAAACAGUAUCUCUCUGUACAGCUGAAGGUUGAUUAUUUAGAUUAUUUUAUUUUUAAUCACAGUAAAUACUGUAAUUUAUGUUACAUAGCUUAGAUGCACCUUUCUGCAUGUCCUUACUCCCCACGUAUAUAAAUUGGUAUGAAUAUUACUAGUACUUUAAUAAUGUUCUUCUCUGUUAUAUGUUAUCCCUUACUGUUUAACAUAUCCCCCACUGUGUUGCUAGUAAGGUAUGCAGAACACCACUUCUGUCCCAUAAUUGUUCACUCAUGAAAAAUAUGCAUUUCAAGUACUUAAUAGCAAUGAACGUAAGUAAUCUACUAAACAUUAGAGAGUAAAAUAAGACUGCUACUUCUGUAUUGUAGUUUCUGGGAAAAUACUAAAAUUGAAAAUCUGCAACCUCCUUCCUGCAGCAAUGCAAAAUAGAGUGUUACUUCAGUUUCUGUGUAUUUUGCAAGGCAUCAUAUGCACAUGUAUAAAUGGGCUGUCACAUUUACAGCUGCCACCUUAUCAAAUGCCCAAAGUGGGACUUUUUUUUGGAAACAUGAGAUUUUGCUGGACAAAACAUAUCCAGGGCCAGUGUAAAGGAUAGAGCUUCACUUUUUUUGCCAAAAUAAAAGCUUAUAUUUGUA